AUGGUCCCUGGCGACGAGCGGCCCACAAAAGUGCCCGCCACGCCGGACCUGCAGCCGAUCGAGACCAAGCCGGUCGCAAAGCCGGCCGCCAGCAGCAGCUUCUGCGACCUCAAGUCGCUGCUGAACGAGGUCAAGCCGGUUGCGGUGCCCAUCACGCCGUCAUCGGACGAGAGCGUGCGGGACAGACCUUGGGCGUUUGAGCGCAACGAGGUGGCGAGCGUGAGCCCCGACUACGCCAACCUGCGCGAGACGUUGCGCGACUACAUGUUUCUCAACGCCAUGACCACCAGCCCGUCCACGCCGGCGAAUUUGUCGGGCAACAUCUUCGAAAACGACCUGUCUCUCGACGACCAGCUGCUCAACCUCACAAAGGGAAUCAACGCGUUCCACGACGGACUGGAGUUCGGCCACGGCACAGGCGACCACGAUAUCCUGUCGCCCGAAGAAAACCUGCUGCUGCUGACGCGCUACGUCAACGAUAUCGGCCCCUGGCUCGACAUGUUCGACCACAGGAGCUGUUUCACCGCGCUGCUGUCGAAAACGGCCAAGGAGGACCCGCUCAUGUGCGCGAUCUUGACGAUCUCCAGCCGCCAGCGCGACAAGCUCCAGCACGACAGGCCCGUCUCGGAGACCACGUACCGGCUGUACGAGCGGUCGCUCACGUACUUGAUUCCCAAGGUGAAAAAAGUGCCCGACACCAGCGUGAUGGCGUCGUGCGUGAUCCUGUGCUGUUUCGAGAUGAUGUCGUCGGACCCGAGCGAGACGUGGACCAAGCACCUGAAGGGCUGCGCGGCGCUGUUCAGAGUGGCCGAUUUGCACGGGUUUUCGGGCGGCUUGCGGCAGGCGGUGUUCUGGUGCUUUAUCCGCAUGGACGUGAUGCACGCGAUCUCGCACAAGACGGCGACGCUGAUCCCGUGCGAGAACUGGCUGCCGCGCAACUGCACGGUGCAGCACGCGCGCGCGCUGUUUAUGGACGCCAAGUUCGACGUCAACGAGUCGCGCGACAUGUACGCCAACUACAUGGUUUUCCUGCUUGCCCGCGUUUGUCGGCUCGUUUAUUCGGGCAACCUCAAGCAGGACGAGUUCGAGUCCGAGUGGGUCGAGCUGUACACGGAGCUUGACCGCUGGUGGCAGGACCGCCCCGCCGAGAUGCACCCUGUCGUGAGCGUGUUCAAAGACGGCACGCCGUUCCCGAGCAUCCUGUUCUGCGUGGCCCCGGCCAUCUCGGGCACGCAGAUGUUCCACACAGCCAUGAUCCUGCUCAUGAAGUACAAGACGCGCGUCGUGCGCCCGCUGCCCACGCUCGCCGUCGACCCCGUCAUGCGCAAGAGCCUCAUCUGGCACGCCAAGUGCGUCGUCGGCAUCAGUCUGUCCAACUCGGACCACGGCUGUCUCAACAACGCGCUGCAACCGCUCUGGGUCGCGGGCAAGCUCAUGAGCAGCAAGGAGGAGCAGCACAUCAUCGUUCAGCUGCUGCGCGACAUCGAAAACACCACCGGCUGGUCCACCAGCUGGCGCAUCCGCGACCUACAGGAACACUGGAGUUAUUAG